AUGAGCACCAUCCUCGUGCCCACGAUGACCACGAUCGACUCCACCUCCGGUGGCCAUGAUACCAAGACGAAAAUGCAGUAUCUUGACCCAGAAUCUACGCUCAUGCGCAGGUACCUCACGCCUGGGUCGGCCUUCAACACGGCUAAGUUCGUAUGGACGGAUGUGAAUGUGCGAGAUGCACGGCCUAUGCGCAAGGAUUUCAGUCUUGAAAGGAAAGGCUUUACCCUGGUUGAUCAUGCAUCCAAGGUGUCCGACUGGGACGAUACUGAACAGCAAAGUGGAAUUUAUUCGCGCGAAAUUGAGCAACUCAUCACUUCCAUGACCGGUGCGGACAAAGUCUACGUCUUCGAACCGACUUUGCGUCGAGCCAUCACCAACUCGCAAUAUCAACCCUUUGGCAGUGAAGUGCAUGUCGACUACACGAGACAAACAGCAGAGAACCUCAUCUCUUCAUUUCUCGCCAAGGACAACAAGCAGAUGACAGACUACAGCCGCUAUCAGUGUAUCAACGUGUGGCGAGUUUUGAGCGAAAGCCCACAAGACUACCCUCUCGGCAUGUGCGAUGCGACCUCUGUUCUCUCGGGGGACUUUCGUGAAAUGAAGAGGAUCCGGGUCGACACUUUACCGACAGGGCUGGACGACCUCCCUCCGCAGGAGCCGCCUCCAGAUACACCCGCUGCGGAUAUGUUUGAACAUAGAACACAACACAGUUGGUGGUUCUUCAGCGAUAUGGGGGUCGACGAAGCCUUAGUAUUCAAGUUGUACGACUCCGAUCAAAGCGCCAAAGCUCCACGGUGUCCCCACACAGCUUUUCAGGACAGAGUGAGAGAAGGAACCAAACCCAGGGCAAGCAUUGAAAUCAGAACAAUAGCAUGUUUCAAGUAG